AUGACUCAGUUCAGACAUGCAUUCUCGCUGGACAAGCAAGAACUCAAUGAGAUGGCGCCUCCUGGCACCGUCACGUUGAUGGACNCGUCACCGGAUCCAGCGGAUCCUCUCAACUUCUCGAACUCAAGAAAGGUCAUGAUCUUAGUGUUGAUGAGUCUGUACGCCUUUGUCACCAACGUCUCAAGUUCGAUCAUCAGCAGUGCUUUGCCGAGUUUAAUCACAGCCUUCGCGCAUUUCCACGAACGGGGACCACCAACUGGCAUCCUGCCGUUCAGCAAGUUGACCCACCUCAUUGCCAUCAACAACUUGUUCCUCGGUGCUUCGAAUAUUUGGNCCAUCUAUACCAUCUUCCUCGCUUCUGGCUCGUUGAUUGGCGGUCUCAUCGGCGGCUACAUCACCGCCUCGAUGGGAUGGAGAUGGACCAUGUACAUCUCGGCUAUCCUCUCGGGUGCCGUCCUGCUUUUGAGCUUCUUGUUCGUUCCAGAGACGCUUUUCGACCGCGAGGCAGCCAUAGCUGUCGUACGCCCGGAAGGCUACGACAAAGACUCAACUCUUGGUGAGAAGGCUGAGAUGGCCAGAGUCGAGACCGCCGCUUCUACUGUGUUCCCCGAAUACACCUUCGCUAGAAGUCUCAAGAUGGGCAUGUACCGACCUGGCUUCUUCAAGCGUUGCAUCACCCCUUACACCACCCUUCUUUUCCCUGGCACAUGGAUGGUCAUGUUGCACUAUGCCGGCCUUGUCGGAUUGAUUGUUACCAUCUCGACUGUUGCACCACAACUACUCGCUCAGCCACCCUACCUUUGGGGCGGCUCAGUUGGACUGAUAAACGUCGGCGGUUUGGUUGGCACUGUCCUUGGUGCAAUCUAUACCUACUUCACUGCAGACUUCAUUGUCAAGCGUCAGGCCAAGCGGGAGCGACAUGGUUUCAGCGAGCCUGAAGCACGUCUCCCUCUCAUGUUCCCAGCUCUCAUCAUUGCAACAGCUGGCGCGCUCUGCUUCGGUUUCUCAGCCAAGGCAGCAACUCCAAAGGCUUGGAUUGGUCUCGAGUUCGGUAAUGGAAUGGUUGCCUUCGGUCUCAUGCAAGUGCCUUCUAUCGGCUUCAACUACCUCAUCGAAAGUUACGGUGCUUGGAGUGCUGAUUGCUUCCNNCUCAUGGUUGUCACUUUCCGUGCCAUCAUCAGUUUCGCCUGGACCUUCUUCGUUGGCACUUGGGUCGAGAGUGCAGGACCUGCUCUUCCCUUCGGCAUCUUUGCUCUGCUCAUGGGUGUGUUCAGUCUGAUCACCGUGCCAGUUUGGUUGUUUGGCAAGAGAAUGAGAAUCGCGACCAGCAAACUUGUGAUGAAGGGCUAUGUCAGAAGCGAGUGA